CAUAACACUUUGGUCAAACUUUUAACACAAUUCACAAAUAUGCCAUCUCCACCCACCUCCGUCACCACCGCCACCUACACCACCAUCCCGAUCGCCGCCGGUGAUGUCAUCAACCGGUCCGUUCAGAAUCUCUACACCUUCCUUUCCCGAAGUCGACCAUGGCCGGAAUUUAUCGCCGGAGCAAGCGCCGUUGACAUUCCGACAUCCUUCUCCGAUGCUGCAAUUCGCGUCCGUAGGAACUUCAAGUACUUCUCCGUUAACUAUGUCAUUUUCAUCUCUGGUUGCGCAGCUUGUUCACUCAUCGGAACACCAAUUUUAUUGAUUUUCGCCUGUUUGAUUUUUGCGUCGUGGUUGAUUUUUCUCUUCUUCCGGGAGGAUCCUAUGGUCGUUCUAGGGCAUCAAGUUAGCGAUCUAGCUGUGAUUUCCGGUCUAGCGACUGUUUCUGCAAUUGUUGUUUGGUAUACCGGAAUUUUAAACAGUUUGAUGAUUGGUAUAAUGAUGGGUGUUUUGUUAUCAGUGAUUCAUGGAGGUUUGAGGAAUCCAGAAGGAUUGUUUGUUGAUGAAGACGAUGCCGUUUCUACUGGAUUGAUUUCAAAUGCUGAAAGAGGAUCAUCUUGAUCAUUACACUGACUCACCAACAUUAUCUGAUUCUUCUUUAGUUUUUUUUGUGUUUUUGUUGAUUGAGAGUUGUGUGAAUUACUGAAUUAAAGAAAGAAGAUGCUAAAAGAUUUGAUUUUUU